GUAAUUUUUGGGAAGCUUUUUAAAUAUAGAAUUUAAUUGUUUUCAUUAUACACAAACACACAAAUCUAGCAACGUUUUUUCAUGAUCGUGAAGACAUGGGCAUGCAUUUUAGGCAAUUCAAAUUUGUCUACAAACCUUAUUUCAAGUCAGUUUAUUUAAAGAAUUCAGUCAGGUUCAUUAUGUUUUCCCAUUUAUUUAUCGGUGUGUCCCGGUAAACUGAGCGGCCGCGGAUGACGUCACGCGGCUCGAGGGUCUCCCGUGAGCUCUUGCGUGAGUGUUUUUCCCGGGACGUCCCGGUGAAGGAGGGGCAGUUACCCCCCUGCACGCUUUGACAGUUGUGAGAGAACUGAUUUGAGUGUGCAAAAACUCCUGAACACGGAGAGCCGAGCCACGGUAGACGCGCGCAGGACUUGCCAGUGCUAAUUUGAGAACACGUGUGCUUUUGGAUUAUUUAUAGGAUUAUUCCAGCCUCUGAGUUUGGUGGGAAACUUUGUUUUUGGGACGCGCCGGGGGACCAGUCUCUUUCUUUUCCUUCUAACAUCCACGCACGAGCGGUUAAUCUCGUGGAUACGAGAGAUUCAGUUGCUGAUAGAGUUGGUUGUACCUGAGGUGGACACACUCACCUAAGCGAACGACAGAUAGAGAGAGAGAGAGAUGUACACAGUGGUGUUGCUCUCCUCCUCUCUGUUUCUCCUGCAUGUGACCUGCACGCCUCAGAUUCACGGUCACCACGGGAGGAGAGUGUGUGUUGGAGAUGCUUGGAGUCGUCGUGUGUCUCGCAGCACAGAGUCGUUUCUUCAGCCCGUACACAAACCCUACAUCACCAUGUGCCAAAACCACCGCAUGUGUAGCACAUACAAGACAAUCUACAGGGUUUCUUACAGGCAGGUGAGCAGAGCAGCUCCUAAUGAACUCUUUUACCCAGAAUGCUGUCCGGGAUGGCGACGCAUGCAUUCACACAACUGUAACCAAGCGGUGUGUGCGCAGUCUUGUGCAAACGGAGGCUCUUGUGUAAGGCCUAAUCACUGUGCAUGUCUAAAAGGAUGGACGGGAAGAUACUGUCAAACAGAUGUGGAUGAGUGUAAGGAAGGUCAUCGGUGCUCACAGAAGUGUGUGAAUACGGUGGGGAGUUAUCGGUGUGUGUGUCAGGACGGAUUCAGUCUGGCUGAAGAUGAAAUAACGUGUUCAAGAAUUCCUGCUCCCUCCCCGCCGCCCACAGGGCCUCCAAAAGCAGACGAGCGCUCAUCCAGAAGCCAUGCUGGUAAGACAUGUAUACAUUAUCAUCAGCCGCAGACAUACUGAUAGAGCAG